AUGCAUUUAGUGAAUUUGGCUGUGCUUUUACUGCUUGCAGUGAUGACAGCUUGCAGCCGAGAAGCAUGGCAGAAACCCGGUUGCCAUAAAGUUGGUCAUACGAGAAAGGUUAGUAUUCCGGACUGCGUAGAGUUCUCGAUAACAACCAACGCCUGUCGGGGAUUCUGCGAAUCCUUUGCAGUUCCAUCGGCACCGUUUGCCGUCGGGACGCAUAGGCCAAGUCAACCGGUUACGUCGGUUGGUCAGUGCUGUAACAUAAUGGAUACCGAAGACGUUUCGGUGCGCGUUCUGUGUGUCAACGGAAUCAGAAACCUGACGUUCAAAUCUGCGACCAACUGCUCGUGCUACCACUGCAAAAAAGACUAA